ACAAAGGAGCACCUACUUAGCAAGCACAGAGACCCUCAGAGACCGUUCAGCUAUGGAUUAUAACCAGCUCCGAAACUACAUUCAGAACUUCAGCCUGGACUAUUGUCCUCGGGGGAACCAGGGCUACAAUCGGGUCCUACUGCAGCUGUUUGGGUUCACAGGGCACGGCAAGUCUGCCCUCAUAAACUCACUCAUGUAUGUUUUGAAUGUAGGAAAGUAUGAAGUACAUGCUAAAUCAGGGGUGAUAUCAAGUGGGGGUGCUGUAACCAUGGAGAGGAGAGCCUAUGAGCUCACAGCCACCAUCACGGUGGUGGAUAACAGAGGGUUUGGAAGGAUGAACGAGUCUGAGAGAGGAAUGAUUUAUGCUCAGCUGGGUAACUUCAUGCCCCUUAAUGAGAAGGUGGAAUGGAGAGACAGUUAUGAAGACUUUGUGUCCCAGCUGGAGGAGUCCGGGUUGGACCCAAAUUACACAGACUUUGUAGUUCCGGUGUUUGUUUAUAAGGUGUCGGCCCCAUUGUCAGAGCAGGAGGGGUUGGAAAUAAGAGCUUUUUUCAAAAAUUGCAGAAACCUGACAGGUGUUUUCCCAAUCAUUGUCCUUACCUUUAAAACUAGUGGGGAUUAUUUUGAGGUUGAAAAGAUGUUUAAAUGUUUGGGGGCAGAGGUGGUUGUGGCAGUGGAGAACUACUCCGAGGAGGAUCAGAUACAGACACUGGGGAGAAAUACAGAUUUCCUCAAACUCAUUAAAUCUGCUUUGGAUCAUGUCACGUUCCGGAUGGAGAAGGCAAGGAACCCAAAGGAAGAACGUAUAGAGAGAAAGAAGUUUUUGCUCAAGUAUGUCCAUGAUAUUGCUAUGGCUGAAAGCAUAGAGAAAGAGAAGAUGAAGCAAGAGGCUAGGAUAGCCGAGCAGGCUAUGAGAUAUCAGCUGUGCCAACAAGCAGAUCUGUAUGCAGUGUCCAGGAGAACUAAAGCCAUGAGGAAAACAGAAUUGGAAAUGUGGGCCAUGCAAAGGUAUGAGGUUCCGAUGUGGAAUAGUAAAGAUAAGGACGGUUGCUGCAUUCUAUAACAACUUGCAGUUUUGUGAUGUAAUUGCUGUAUGUUAAAGGCAAAGUUCACAUUUCAUAUUCAAGUUUCUUUCUUUUUUUUUGUUGAUUCAAGGGUUUUAGCGCUUAAAAAAAUUCGAAUUUGUCUGGGAAUUUUUUCUUUUUUUGGGAGCUACCAGUUAUGUCAAGUUAUGGUGUUUGUCUUUUGUCUCUGGAGAAAUUGAUAAAGUAAGCAGUGUGUUUAUUGUGGUUUAUAUGUAUUGUAAAAAAUAAUAAAAAGUA